AUGCCUGCAACUAAGAGCAAGGAACCUACAUCUGCUGAGUUCACAGUGAUUGCCCUGGCAGUGCCCGGAGUUGCCGAGUUCGCCGCCUCCUUCAAAAGCCCCAUUACAAGUUCUCCUCCCAAGUGGAUGGCUGAAUUAGAAAAUGAUGAUAUCGAUAUGUUAAAGGAGUUGGGGAGCCUAACUACAGCUAACCUGAUGGAAAAAGUUCGUGGUCUGCAGAACCUGGCUUAUCAGCUGGGGCUGGAUGAAUCCAGAGAAAUGACUCGAGGGAAAUUCCUGAACAUCCUAGAGAAACCCAAAAAGUAG